CGGAUACCGAGCGGCAUGUGUCAUCGUGCGAUGUGAAAUCGGCAGAGCGGAGGAGCCAUGCCCGGGGAGGGUCGCCGCCUGGACACACUUGUUGCUGGAUAAGCAGGAGGAAAUAAAAUAUUUGGUUUCUUCCUGUAAUACCACCAUAAGGUCAUGAAACUUAAUCCAAAGCAAGCUCCUGUAUACGGUGAAUGUGUCCUUACCGUAAAUCUCAGUAAACGGAGUAAGCGGAAAGCUGAUGUAUUUUACCUGCUCUUUACUGGUUCCAAACAGAGACAUGUAGCAAGUACUCGCAGAGUCAACUCGGCAACACUACAGACAGUUGCACCAGCCCACGGCUGUUGUGAGAUUGUAACUGUCUCACUGUGCGUGUCCAAGAAAGGCUCGGUGGUUGUGUUGGGAGAGGAGAGCUUUGAAUUCAUCCACGAUGAAGCGUACGAUUCUGCUCAGUUUCUAGCAGCCAAUGCCACCAACCAGCAGGCCCUGAAUUUUGCUAGGUUCCUGAUCAGUGCACAGCCGCGUCCUGGGGAUGUGACCAUUUUGGAUAAGAAGAUCACAUUGGCUUUCAAACAUCUAAAGUUGCCCAGUGGAUGGAAUGUCCUUGGAGAAACUCCUUUACCAGAUGGCCAGAAGCAGGAGACGUUGAUGCACUUUGCUGCAAGGCUGGGCCUUUGCCAUUUGUCCAAAUUUCUUCUGGAUCAACCUGGAGGGAGAACAGCUUUGACUAUUUCCAACAACAACGGUGCAACACCUGCAAGACUGGCCUCUGAAAGAGGCUCCAGGGAGCUAGUUCACCUAUUCUCAGAAAACGAUUCCAAAGGAACACCAAAGCUGAAUGACCUGUCUCAUAUUGAACGUUUCAGAGACUGCUGGCUGAAUCAUCAUUUGGAAUUAAAUGUUUACAUUCUGACCAGGGAAGCUGACACAAAGACACAUAUCAGAAUGGAAACCCUCAUUGAAGACCUAGGCAGAUAUAUUGAGGGUCAUUCUAGUUGUCAGGACACUUGUGUGAAGUCGGAGCAGGAGCCUGUGUCCGAAGAGACGACUGAUUUAUGUCACCAAGAUGCGGAGAAAAAUUUUACUGAUAAGCCUUUGGAUUUGCACAGUGACUCUGAUGGCACAGAAAAUAAAUCAUCUACGCCGUGCAGCGAGGAGAGCUGCACGAGUGACAAGGUGGAAGAGCGUAGCGUUAAUAUUGGCAGUGAGGUGGAAACUGUGGGUGGGGACCGUGCAAUGUUUUCCUUUGCUGGUACAAGUAAAGAACCCAAAGAGGAAGAGGAGGGAACAAAGUCUAUUGUAGAGUCAGAAGAUGCAUCAGUUACACACCAGCACAUUCAAAGAUUUCCUACUGAGGUACGGACAUCUGAAUCCCUUCUGUCCAGUGGAAAUCCAAAUGAGGAAACUGGAAUGACCUCAACUGGAAUUGUUUUGGACCACGAGUGUCUGUGCGGGAGAGAUAAUUUGGGUGAGGAAAUGAUAACCACUACAGAGAGAGCGACUCCAGACGUUGCUUUAACAGAAGCUCCAGACAAAGCCACUGUAUUGACUCUAGCUGCUGAUGUGGACAUGGGCCAGGCUUUGCCAGGGUACUGUACUAGCACAGCAAGUUCCAAGGACACAGUAGGUAAUACAGAGAACAGUGAACAGGAAAUGGGCGCAGUUACACUACUGAUGGUUAAUGAGAAUCAGGCUAUUGAUAGUUUUAACGACAGUUCCUGUCAGGGGGAGAUAAAUCUUUGCCUACUAAAUGCAACUGUGCAGUGUGACAUUGAGGAGUCCUCCCUACAGCCACAGGAAUGCACUGCAAUAAAAGCUAUGGACUGCACUAAGUCAUGUGACAUGAAAGGCUCUGAAACAAGUGUGUCAGCGUCACAAAGUGAGAGUUUGGCCCAGAUUGUGGAUGAUACCAGUGUGACAGCUAAGGAAGGAAAUGCACUAACAGAUGUAGCGGAUUGCCAACCUAAAUGUAAUGGUGCUGACGCUGGAUCCAUGCUUGAAAAUGAAGUUGCUGUCACCACAGCAGCUACAGCACAAAGCAUUGAAGAUCUUUGUGUAGGUACAGAAGAAGACAUGCCUGGCCCUUGUGCUAGUUCAGUGCAAACUAUAGAUGCACCAAGUACUGCAGGGACCAGUGAACAGGGGGCUGGAGAGGCUUUAGUGCCGUCUGUUAAUGACAAUCAGACUACUUUUAAAUCUGUUAAUGCAGACCAGGGAGAGCCAAGUCCCUUUCUAAUAGCCGAAAAUGGACAGUGUGACAUUGUAGAAUCUGGACAGUCACCGGAUUGCUCAGCAGUAAGCACAUUGGACUGUGUCGAGACAUGCGAGUUUGGACAGACAGAAACAAAAGUUUCCUUUUCACAGAGUGAAAGUAUGGACCUGUGCACCGAUAGCAUGAGAGCGAUUGCUGAAGACGAAAAUGCUGCCACUGACGCAGACACACCAGUCUGCUCUUUCCAUGACUGUGUAGGUGAAGAAAAGGGUGCUGUUAAGUCUUCGGCACCUUCCCCACAAGACACGUUGGAUACAGAAACGCCAAGUCUUGUUGAUUGUGUGGAGGAGGAGGAGCCAGGGGAGGUUGCCCAGCAAGCUCCUGCAGAGUGCGAUAGAGUUGAAGAUAGCUCAGAGGUGUUAAAAGUCUCCAGAGCUUCACUUCAUCCUAUAGCCGAGGAGUCCUUACACAGUGGUGACUCAAGCUCAGAUAAUGCUCCUACAAGCAGUGAGAGUGAGGCCUCCUCUGUACUCAGCGAUUCAGAGAAGCCUGUACAUGCAGAGGAAGAAACUACAGGGCAAGGCAUGAAUCAGCUCUCCAGUAUAGUGGAUUGUCCCAUAGAACACAUUGCAGCUGCACUUGUGAAUGCAGUAGUGGAUUCUACAGCAAAGUUAUGUAUGAAGGAGAUGGUUAAUGCAGCUUCUGGAAUGCCGGAAAACGAUUACACACAAUGUUCAAGUGACCAGCAAUCCGACUCGCUGCAGGCCAAUAAGGAUUAUGAGCAGGUUACAGGUGAAAGUGUCCAUAUGUUUAAAGAAGAUGACUCUGGACUGGAUCUAUCUGUGAACAUGGAAGAAACACAGUGUCCAAGCAUAUCUGAUACAGAGAUCGUUUUAGAACAUUUUGAUGGGAAAGCAGAAGACGAAGUGGAUUUUGUGAAACCCAGUGCAUUCGUGCUACCCGCUCGUUUGGACGGGCUCUCCCUUGCUGGUCAUUUACCUACUGAAGGCUCUUCCAUCGAGCACCUCGAUCCCCAUCAGAGGUCUCCUUUCCUCCAGUCCCCCAACGCCAAUUGCUCUGACUGGGACUGUCUGGACUUUCUCUGGACACUUUCUUUGAGAGUCAGAAGAAUGUACGAGAGGCACAAAAGACGAUACAGCCUGUGCGACAUCUCCAAAGUCGACAGAACUGUUGAUGUGGUGCUGAUUAAGAUUAACAGAGAAAACUGCUGUUCACUAACUCCAUGUCCACACAUGGUUCUUCUGGAAUCAAAGCAGACAAGUGAUUCUAAAGUCUGCCAGCAGUUUCUGGAGGAUGGACUCGAUACAGAACAUUCAUCACCUCCAACUCUGAAAAGGGAAUCCACAAGUGAAGCUGAUCUGUGUUAUAUGGCCCCAGAAGUGUUAGAUGAAAUGGUGUUUUCAAAGCUCGAAGAGGAACAGUCCUUGUGUGAUAUUUCUAGCUUAGGCUCAGAUGAUAAUACUUCUUUAGAAAGAAACUCUUCCCAUGGCAGUGACAUUUCUAUUCCCCAUACAUUAAGCCUGAAGAAGCAGAGAGACCGGCUCAGUAUGGACAGCAGCUGUAGCAGCACAGUGACUGCAUCUGUAGAGGAGCGGGAAUGUGAGAACACUGAAGUGUCUGAGAUGGAAGGGGAGGAGAUGGACAACAUCACAGAAGUGUCCCCUCACAUCACUCGCUCUAAGAGCGCCAUCCGCUCGGAUUCCCCACACAGAAGGCACAGCUGGGAGCCAUGGAAACACGCCCCAAGUGAAAGUGAAAUUAGCCGCAGGAGUUCAUUUCGAAAUCUGGGGGAUGGUGUAAGGAAGCCAACUGCUCACAAAAGAAGUUUGAGCUGGUGUCCCUCAACUGUACACUUAACUGCUGUGGGUGGUGAAAUUAAUUAUAGAAGUUGCAGCUUGGAGGGUCUUGCUGGCAAAACCACCACCAGUCAUGAGACUUCAACUGUUGUCUCUGGCAACCUGACUGCGCCAUCAUCAUUUGAGAGAGAGGUUCGCAGUGGCUCUUCACUUUCUUUGACAGAGGAGAAAACAGAGUCUGAUCAGAGAAGGAGCAGAGCUUCACACCAUCAGGACCGUGAAAAGACGCCCUCUCGUGGGUUUGUUUACCCCAGUUCAGGAUUUGCUCCUCACAUGACAAAAUCCAUGUCACUAACCACUAUCAGCAAUCCCCUGGUGGAAACCCAGACCCGGAUACGACCAAAGAGGCGAAUCUCCUUCUCCUUCAACAUUUCUCCGCUUAUUCCUAAGUCUAGGCAUGUCUUUACUGUUGGUUCCUCAUCCAGUGAUGACGAGUCAGAUAGUUCACAGUCUUUAAAUAUCCCUAGAAAUUCUCUGGCUCAAAGCAUACCAGAGGAGAGCUGUGAUAUCUUGCCUUUGAGUCCCUCCCAAAAAGACCUAGACCUGAAAGGUGGGACCAAAGUGAGCCGCACAUUCAGCUAUCUCCGGCACAAAAUGUCUGGUAGCAAGAAAACCAAGGAAAAAGAGAGAGACAAAGAUAAGACAAAAGAAAAAGAAAAGGAACCCAAAGAAAAAGACAAAGAUAAGAAGACAAUCAAUGGGCACGUGUUCAGCUCUACACCUGUCGUUGGUCCGUUUAGUUGCAACCACUGUACGAAAAGCUUCAAUAAGGAUGGUUAUAUUUGUACAAAUUGUAACUCUGUUGUACAUAAAGGCUGCAGAGAGAACUUCACUCACUGUGCAAAAGUCAAAAUGAAACAACAAAAGGUUCUGCAGCCUAAUGAUACCUCCUCAUUACCUGUGGUCAUCAUGAGGAAUAAAGGCUCUCAGCCAAAGGAGAGGCCUCGCUCAGCAGUUGUGGCACCAGAAGAAGCUACCUUCUCAUCUCUUAGCUUUUCAAGCAGAAGGCCGCAGACUACGAUCUCUAUAUCCAAGAGUAUCUCUACACAGAAUAUUGCAGGGGUUGGAUGUGAUGAAAAUAUUUGGAGCACCUGGAAAGUUUUGUCACAAUCAACAGACUCUUUGCACAAAAUCAGCAAGGUUCAUGAAUCUAUGGAGUCCCUUGUUGACGAAGGCACAGAUAUGAAUGAGGGUCAGCUGAUGGGGGAGUUUGAGGCAGAUUCUAAGCAGCUGGAGGCAGAGUCCUGGAGCCAGACAGUUGACAGCAAGUUCCUUAAACAGCAGAAGAAAGAGGUGGUGAAACAGCAGGAUGUCAUCUAUGAGCUCAUGCAGACAGAAAUGCACCACGUGCGGACAUUAAAGAUCAUGAAUGAAGUCUACUACCGGGGCAUGCUGACUGAGCUGCAAUUUGAGCAGAAAACCCUAGAGAAGAUCUUUCCAUGCAUAGAUGACUUGCUGAACAUCCACACCAAGCUCUUCCAACGACUUCUGGAGAGAAAAAAGGAGUCGAUGGCUGAUAAAAGUGAACAUAACUUUGUCAUCAGGAGGAUUGGGGAUAUUCUGGUGCACCAGUUCUCUGGUGAAAAAGCUGAACACAUGAAGAGAACAUAUGGUAAAUUUUGUGGCCACCACAAUGAAGCCGUAAAUUAUUUCAAGGAUUUGCUGGCAAAGGAGAAGCGGUUUCAGGCCUUUAUUAAGAAAAAGGGAAGUAGCACAUUAGUGCGACGUCUAGGGAUCCCAGAAUGUAUCCUCCUGGUUACUCAAAGGAUAACCAAGUACCCAGUCAUUUUACAGAGAAUAUUGCAGUAUACAAAAGAGAAUGAAAUUGAGCAUCAGGAGGUUGAAAAAGCCCUGAAUUUGGUAAAGGAUGUUAUUACUGAGGUGAAUAAUAAAGUCAAUAAUUAUGAGAAGAAGAAGCGCCUUAAUGAGAUCUACAACAAGACUGAUAGUAAAUCAAUACAACGCAUGAAGAGUGGGCAAAUGUUUGCAAAGGAGGACCUUAAAAGAAGGAAAUUGGUUCGUGAUGGCACUCUGUUCUUGAGAUCCAAUCCAGCCAAUAGAAUUAAAGAGGUGCUGGCGGUGCUGCUGGCUGAUGUGUUGGUUUUCCUCCAAGAAAAGGACCAGAAAUAUGCCUUUGCAUCACUGGAACAAAAAUCUACAGUGAUUUCUCUGAAGAACCUGAUAAUAAGGAAAGUGGCACACGAUGAAAAGGGACUGUUCCUAAUCAGCAUGAUAGGGAAGGACCCAGAAAUGGUGGAGGUUCUUACCAAUACUAAAGAAGAGCGGGACAGCUGGAUUGACACUAUCCAGAACACGAUGACCACAAUGGACAAAGACGAAGAUGAAGGGGUUCCAUCUGAGUCAGAGGAAGAAAAGAAGAACUGGGAUACCAAAGCCAGAGAACUGAGAGGGCAACUGCAUCAGAAAGAUGAACAAAUAUUAACCUUACUUGAAGAGAAAGAAAAGCUUUUUCAGGCAUUGACACUUUGCAGUGGUCAAGAAGAGAAUUCCCCAUCAGCACUGGGCAGAACUCUGUUCAGAGCAAACACAGAAGAGGCUCCCAGAGGAGAACCACUAAUAAAAAGUGCCAUCAAAGAAGUGGAGACACUUGAAGUUCUGGUAAACCAGUAUCUGUGGAGCAGUCUAGUGGCGCAGGAGUCUGGUGAGCUAGAAAAUGGAGUUGGUCCCGUUUCUCUUCCCCGGAGAGCAGAAACGUUUGGAGGGUUUGACAGCCAUCAACUCAGUGCUUCCAAAUGUGGAGAAAAAGAUGAAGGGGAAGAUGCACAGGAUCUCCGAAGAACUGAAUCUGACAGUGUUCUCAAAAAGGGAGUAAACCCCAGUGUUGUGGUGAAGAGAAAUGGCAUGCAAGUUCUUCUAUCUGUCAGCAAUCUUCAUAAAUACCUGAAGUCUUUGCAGGGUGUGGUCGUACAGCAAGACACCUACAUUGAGGAUCAGAAAAUGAUGCUGAGCAAAGGAACCCUCACCUGGAAAUCAAGACCAAGCUCAUUAAAUUAUCAGGAGAAGCAACGCAGCCUUGAAAAACUGCGUCAAGAGAUCUCCAGCUUGGAAAAGCAGCAAGCACAGCACAGGGAAGAGAAGCUCCGAAAUGAAGGGCAGUGGGAAUGCCGAGAAAAAAAGUUUGCAGAGUGGAAAGAAUGGUCGUCAAACAUGGAUGACGACAUAAAGAAGAGUAUGCAGGAAAUGGAACAGAAGAAGCAUCGGCUGGAGAUCAUAAAAGCCCUCGGUCAGUGUGACGCAGAGGGCUUAGAAGAAGAGAUACAGCCAGGGAAGACCCAAGAGCAGCGGAACAAAGACCCCAAACAGGUAUCUUUUCAGCAUGACAAGGUGAGCAGGGUGCCCUCACUCCCUGGUGGCAUGGACUCAAAGUGGUGUGACUCAAACUCGACCAAACAGGAACAGUUGCAGUCAGAGGCAUCUACGUUACCUAAAAAGGACUGUUUACUACGGACUGAUAGUAAGCAAAAAGGAAAAGGCCACUUCAAUUUACUUGGGAGCCAGUCUAAUAAAUCGGCAGAGGGACAUUCCUCCAAUCGCCUCUUUAACUUGGCAAAACCAAAGGAAAAAAAGGACAAGAAGAAGAAGAGCAAAGGACCCAGCCCUAUAACCUCAGAACCCCACCCUAUAGAAGGAACAACGGAGGAGGAAGAAAUCUUCUGUUAGAGGACUUACUGUUCAUUCUGCACUGGGAAGCCACAAUAGACAAUCUGUGUUACAUGAGAAAACCUCCCCUGAUCACUUUACACCGAUUUGCU